AUGAUUGGAUCGUUUCUGACGAGAGGACUUCUAAUGGUGUUUGGAUAUGCGUAUCCUGCUUAUGAGUGCUUCAAAACUGUGGAACAGAACAAGCCUGAGAUUCAACAGCUCCAGUUCUGGUGCCAAUAUUGGAUUCUUGUUGCUGCUUUGACAAUCUUCGAAAGAGUUGGUGACACUCUUGUUUCUUGGUUACCAAUGUAUAGCGAAGCAAAGUUAGCCUUCUUCAUUUAUCUCUGGCUCCCAAAUACCAAAGGAACAACGUACGUUUACGAUUCUUUCUUCAAGCCAUAUGUCUCAAAGCAUGAAAACGAAAUUGACCGCAACUUGGUCGAGCUCAAGACUAGAGCUGGUGAUAUGGCAAUGAUCUAUCUCCAAAAAGCAAUCAACCAUGGACAGACUAGAUUCUUUGAGAUCUUGCAGUAUGUUUCAGAACAAUCAACUUUAAAAGGUCCAAAACCACAGUCUAAGGAAAAGAAAGAGACCACAGCAUCUGAAGUUGAUGAUCCAACUCUUACGGCAACAAAGAACAAAGACAAUUAA